CACAGCACAGAAACGGUUAGUUUGGGUUUUUUGUUUGGUUUUUUUUUCCUUUUUUUUUUUAAUUUAAAGGUAAGCAGGGGUGAGCCCCUAAGCCCUGCCUCCCCCCUCCCUGCACCCACCACUCACUCCCCUCCUUCCCGGGUACAGGGAGCCAGGGGUGGCCGGGCUCCCCCACCUCCUGCCUGGCGCUUUGCCUGCCUUUUCUGCUCCCAUGGGCUGCACUUUGUUUACUCGUUUUGCACAGCUGCUCAGCCCUGCACAUGGCCAUGCCCUGGACGUGCAGCGCUGCGGCCUGUGCCGACCCACACGGGGCCGCGUCCCCUGCAACUGCCCGGAGCCCGGUGUUGGCCCAACCCGUCCCGCUCUCCCCGGGCUUGAGGGGGAGCCGGGGGGCAGCUGCAGCGCUGGGACCUGCCCCACAGGCCCCUUAUUUUCCCCCCCGUCCUGGGUGCGUGGCGGGGCUGAGCCCGCGGUCCCGCUCCUGCAUCUCAUUUCUAUCAUUUCCUAUUUUUAAUAAACUGUUUUGUAAAUACGCGAGUGCUGCCUCUUUCCGGGUCGGGGCGCGGGGAGGUGGAGCGGGCUCGGCCCUGCCCCGGGGCGGUGCCGGCGGCUCCCGGCGGGACGGUGGAGCCGGUGUCGGUGUUAUGGCCGGUGGUCGGUGCCUGGUGGAGCCGCGGCGAUUGAUGCGCUCCGGGCUGGGGCUCAUCGUGCUGGGGCACGGCGGCCUGGCGCUGGGAGCCAUCGUGCACGGCUCCGUCCUGCGCCAUGUGGCCGGCACCAGCCGCGCCGUCACCCCCGCUUACGCGGUGGCCAACGUGGUGUCGGUGGUCUCGGGGCUGCUGAGCAUCGCCGCGGGCAUCGUCGCCAUCCUGGUGUCGCACAACCUGUCCCGGGCAGCGCUGCACUGGGCCCUGCUGAGCGUGUCCCUGCUGAACUGCCUCCUGUCCACAGCGUGCAGCGUGGGCCUGGCGCUGGCCAUCGCCCUCACCAUCAACAGCCGGGGCACGCACCUCAUCACCGGCUGCAACAGCUCUGCGCUGCCUGCUGACGCCCGUGCAGCCAUAGCGACCAACGACUGUCCCUUCAACACCACUCGCAUCUAUGACACAGCCCUGGCACUCUGGUUCCCCUCCAUGGUGCUGGCAGCCACAGAAGCUGUGCUGUCUGGCAGGUGCUGUUUGGUGGCUCUGAUCUUCCGGGGCAUCGGGCCCUGUUCACGCAGCUACACCAAAGAGCAGCUGGCUGGACCAAGUACAGCAAAGGAGGGGCCGCCACGCGAGAUGCAGCAGCUCCUGCCAGGGCUGGCUGAGUCCUGUACCUAGCUGGAGAAGUAGUGCUGAAGGAGCGCUGUGACUCGGUGAGGUGAAGUUGCACCUGCACCGUGCUCCUGCUCCUGUUCUAGGUGUGGGUAGGGUGGGCUGCAGGGGGUAAGGGGUCUGCCUGCCCCACCAGCCCCACCACCCCACCUGGGACAGACCCGGGUUCCAGACACAAGCUGCCCAUGGUCACCAGCCAGCCUCUGUCCAGCAGGUGCUGUGCGCCCCAGACACUGUCCCCUUCUGUCCCCAAGCUUCAGGGCCCUUCAGGGCACACUGAAGGCUCCAUCGAUCUUUUACACGCAGCGAUGGGGGCAGGCAGAGGUGCAACAGGCAGGGGCCUGGUGGCCCUGCUGCACAGCAGGCAGGGUCAGCUCCCUGUACCUGUGCUCAGGUAGAGCAAGGAAUGGAAGGUGAAGAAUCCCUUUAUUGUGAGCCUCUGUUGUUUCCCUGAGUAAAUAAACUUUUAUACUGACUGCUCU